AUGGCCUACUCACGACGCUCGUCGGGCUCUGACCGUGAAUAUGUGUUGAUGCCGGUGCACAGUGUUGCAGGCAGCGAAUAUGGAGGACGAGGCCGUCGAGUCUACGAUCCACCCAUUGAGGUCAACAAUUUCCUCGAGGUGCCACAAAACCGCCCUCGUGCUUCUAGCCAAGGCGCAGGCGUGGCACCUACAAUUGUCAAUAUAGGUGCUGGUGCCCUCUCCGAGCGAGGUGAUCGUGACCGCGACCGCUCCCGCGACCGUGAUCAUAGUCGAAGUCGAAGCCGUCACCGCGAUUACCGUCACCACCGAUACCGAGACGGAUCUUCCAGUUCCAGUUACUCUAGCGACCGUUCAAGAUCACGACAUCGCCGUCCUAGCAAGAAGGAGAAAGAGCCAGAGCCAAAACCAAAGCCAAUCGAGGAAGACGAUCUACCUUACAAAUUCAGAAAAGAACUCGACUUCGCCCGCAUGUCACACCGAGAAGAGGAAGAGAAGAGGAUCCAAGAUCGGAUAAAGAGGGAUCGGGAGGAAGAAAGGAGACGAUGGAAACUAGAAGAGGAGGAAGAAGCCAUGCGCAAGAAGAAGGAAAGAGAAGCCAUCCUCUAUGAAGCCAAGUUGGAGGAUGAGCGGAAGAAGAAGGAGCAAGAGGAAUUGAGGAAGAAGAUUCUCCGGGACGAGGAGGAGCGUCAACAGAAGGAGAAGGAGAAGAAGAAGGCCGAGGAGGAGGAGUUUGAGAGGAAAGUCAAGGAGAAAUUCAUGAAUGCUGGUUACAGCCCAGAGUACAUUGACGAAGUGCUCCACAAGAAGAAAGCCGAGCGUGCAACGCUGGCUAUCGACCUCCACCGUCCGACCUACAUUAAAGUCAACCGCAAGUACCUCCUUCCAGACACGCUUGAUCAUUAUGGGUUGCCUUGGGAGUGGGAUCCGCGCGACGAAGAAUUUAUCAUCAUCAAGAAAUACAUCGACCACUCGCUGCAAGACGAAUUAUUCGAACACACGCGCAAGAUCAAGGAGAGGAAACUCAUCACUGGGCCGUACGUCAAGGAGACUAAGACGAUCACGACUCUCACGCCGAACGAGCACGGUUUUGUGAAGAAAGGAGACAGGAUGUAUGUGGUCCGGGAGAAGAGCAAGAGUCGCAGUCCCUCUGGGAAGAGGACGAGCUGGAUCUUUACCUGA